AUGCAGCAGGAAAUUGGAUCGCUGGUUUUGGAUUCAGCGGCAGUUCCUCCACCGGCGAUGAAUGGCGACCCCCAGACGGCGGAAGUUUAAGGCGGAGGAGCGGCCUCAACCAUCACCAACUGCCCCUUCUCUUUCUGCCUUCGACGCCGAUGUCUCCAAGGUCGCCGUCGCGCAGAUCUGCCUCUCCGCGGGAUACUCCGCGGCGGAGCCUUCCGCCCUCCGCGCGCUCUCCGACAUCUCCGCCCGAUACCUCCAGGCCCUCGGUUUCGCCGCCGCGUCCGUGGCGGCCGCUCACCGACGCACCGAGUCCAAUCUUCUCGACCUUGUGCGGGCGAUCGAGGAUCUCAGCGCCGCGACGGGCUUCCCGGGCGGCUCCGACCCGGCGGGGCAGCCGCUCCGUUCUGGGGCACUCAGGGAAUUAAAGGAGUUUGUGGGGUCAGUGGAGGAGAUUCCUUUUUCGAAGCCGAUUCCUCUGGAGGGGCAGGGGAAAGCGCACAGAGAGACGUGGAGGAGCUUCGCGGCGGCGGGCAGGGAGCCGCCCUUCCGGCACGUGCCGCGGUGGCUGCCGUGCUUCCCUGAAGAACCGGUGGAUGGGGGUAAGAAAGAGACGGAGAUAGAGAUCGCGAUAAGACCUUCGAUGGAGGAGGAAGAAGGGAAAACGGCGGUGGAGUUGCCGGCUGAGAGGGAAAAGGUUAGGUUUCGGCUAGGUGUUGGAAAAGGCAGCAGUGCACUAUGCGACGGAAAAGAUUUGAUGAGGGGUUAAAAGUAAAUUUCAAUUGAUAUGAGGGUGGAUAUAUUAUUAAUUAUUUUUUUGGAGAUGGAU